AUGGUUAAGGAAGACGACUUCGGAGGAUGGCAGAUUCCACGAUCAAAACAAAAAUGGAGGCCAAAACAGGUCAGAACAAGUUAUGAAGAAGCUGUUAGAGGGAGGAAGCGUUGGGAUGAAAUGGAGAAGAAGUCUCAUACGGUUUUCGUUGACAAUUUGCCGCAUGAUGUGUCGAAAGGGAUGUUGUUUAAGAUGUUUGGAUGGGCGGGGAGUGUUCUUGACGUCUUUAUAUCAAGAAAGAAGAGAAGGGAGUCUCUGUACCCUUUUGCAUUUGUCAGAUUCGAUGCUAUAGGUGGUGCUGAACGUGCAGUUAACGAGAUGGAUGGAGUUUACGUGAAGAGCAAAAGAAUAAUGGUGAGCCAUGCAAUGUUUAAAAGAGUUAGUAGUGAACAAAAAAGAAGAGGUGUGAGUAAAAGGAUACAAAGUGAAGGAGUGAAUGUUGCACUUGGUGCUACUAAGAGUAAGGAAGGGGCCACAGAUCAGCACCGAGGCAAAGUAAAAGUGUUGGAAGAUCAAAGACAAGAAGAUAGGGCUGCCAAUGAAAAUAGAAAAAGCAAAAGGAAAGUGGUUGAUGUUGAGGUAUCGAGCACUCAAACAGAGAGGCUGAAGAGGAGUAUAGUGGGGGGGACAGUUCAUCCGAUAAAGUUUAGUAACAUGAUGCAAUGA